CACUCUGCUAGCCCCUACUAAAUUCUUUAGCUCUGCAAGCUCGCCACCCAGCACUGUCCACUCGAGUCAAAGCAAUGGCAUCUCCCGCAGUAAGUCCUCUCGUUACUGCGGCGCUCCUCGCGCUCGCCGCCGUCAUCGACGUGGUCGCCCCCGCCGCCGCGGCGUGCUCAGCGGCCGACCGCGACGCGCUGCUCUCGAUCCGCGCCGCGCUGUCGGAGGCGCGCCUCGGCGUGUUCUCGUCGUGGACGGGCACCGAGUGCUGCACCAACUGGUACGGCGUGAGCUGCGACCCGACCAGCGGCCGCGUCGCCGACCUCUCCCUCCGCGGCGAGGCCGACGACGCCGUCAUGGCCCCCGCCGGCCGCCCGGCCUCGGGCGUCAUGUCCGGGUACAUCUCCGACGCCGUGUGCCGGCUCGACCGCCUCUCCUCCCUCAUCCUCGCCGAUUGGAAGCAGAUCUCCGGGCCCAUCCCGUCCUGCGUCGCCACCUCCCUCCCCUACCUCCGCAUCCUCGAGCUCCCCGGCAACCGCCUCACGGGCGGGAUCCCGCCGUCCAUAGGUAGCCUCUCCCGCCUCAUCGUGCUCAACCUCGCCGACAAUCUCCUAUCCGGCGCCAUCCCCGGCUCCCUCACCUCCCUCGCUUCCCUGAAGCACCUCGACCUCGCCAACAACCAGCUAAACGGCCGGGUCCCGUCCGACUUCGGGAAGCUCAGCAUGCUCAGCCGCGCGCUGCUCGGCCGGAACCGGCUCUCGGGGCCCAUCCCAUCGUCGGUGGCGUCCCUGCCCCGGCUCGCCGACCUCGACCUCUCCGAGAACCAGCUCACCGGCGCGAUGCCGGACGGCCUGGGGUCGGGCCACGUGCUCACGUCCCUCUACCUCGGCGCGAACCGGCUGUCUGGCCGUAUCCCGGCGAGCCUGCUCCGGAACAGCGGGCUCGGGAUCCUGAACCUGAGCCGGAACGCCGUGGAGGGCCCGAUCCCGGACGUGUUCACGUCGCAAUCCUACUUCAUGUUGCUGGACCUGUCGCGGAACCGGCUCACGGGCAGCGUGCCGCGGUCGCUGGCCGCGGCCGCGUACGUGGGGCACCUGGACCUCAGCCACAACCGGCUGUGCGGCACCAUCCCGGCCGGCCCGCCGUUCGACCACCUCGACGCCGAGUCGUUCGCCGGCAACAGCUGCCUCUGCGGCGGCCCGCUCGGCAAGUGCACGUGAGCGAGCGAGCCGUCCGAUCGAUCGGAGCCGGAGGGUUGCUUGAUUGGCUACUUAUUUCUGUACGACGAUGUGAUGUGGUGUACCGUCUAUGACGCGUAACAAACUUUACGUUCGUGUGUACGUGCGAGGUUAAUUGACCUGGGUAAUCGUAUAGGUUUGGGUAUAGACGACAACUUGGUGUUGUGGUGUGAGAAAGGAGCAGGAAAUAGGUGAGGAAAAGAAGUACGGAGUAUGUUUGUUCUUUCCUCCAUUCCUCUUCUUUUUAAAUUUAAUUUAUCUUUUCUUAAAGCUUGGAUUGUACAAGUGACA